UCGGAUAUGACUGACAGCUGCGGUGGCCAAUCAGGAGGCUCCGUUGCAGAAAUGUGUGUUUUUUUCCUUAGCGGCUUCUAAAAAAACCAACCACGAGUUGUCGUCGUGUGGGAGAAUCCAUCUUGAAGAGAGCUCCUCGACCGCGAUCGGUGUAUUAGUUAAAAAUGUCAGAAGCAGAACAGCAGUACAUGGAAACGUCAGAAAACGGCCAUGAAGCGGAGGAUGAUUUUAACGGAGGAGGAAACGACGGCAGCGCCGACAAUGACUGCGGAGAAGGAGCGGGGACCGAUCCGGACGGGAACUCACAGGAUGGCGGCCAGAUCGACGCCAGUAAGGGCGAAGAGGAUGCCGGUAAAAUGUUUGUUGGAGGCCUCAGCUGGGACACAAGCAAAAAAGAUCUAAAAGACUACUUCUCAAAGUUUGGAGAGGUGACGGACUGUACCAUAAAGAUGGACCAGCAGACGGGUCGGUCACGAGGAUUUGGCUUCAUUCUCUUUAAGGAUUCAGCUAGCGUAGACAAGGUUCUUGAACAGAAGGAGCACAGGUUAGACGGCAGACAGAUCGACCCUAAGAGAGCCAUGGCCAUGAAGAAGGAGCCUGUAAAGAAAAUCUUCGUUGGAGGCCUUAACCCUGAUACCGCCAAGGAGGUCAUCGAGGAAUACUUCGGGGCCUUUGGAGAGAUUGAGACUAUCGAGCUCCCGCAAGAUCCAAAGACGGAGAAGAGGAGAGGAUUCGUAUUUAUUACAUAUAAAGAAGAGCCUUCUGUUAAGAAGGUUAUGGAGAAGAAGUACCACACCGUCGGUGGCAGCAAGUGUGAAAUCAAAAUCGCCCAACCCAAAGAGGUCUACAUGCAGCAGCAGUACGGCGCGCGGGGUUACGGAGGGCGUGGCAGGGGGCGCGGAGGCCAGGGUCAGAACUGGAAUCAAGGCUACAACAACUACUGGAACCAGGGAUACAACCAGGGCUAUGGUUAUGGACAGCAGGGCUAUGGAUACGGGGGCUAUGGCAACUACUCUGACUACUCUGGUUAUUACGGCUAUGGGGGUGGCUACGACUACAACCAGGGCAAUACAAGCUAUGGGAAAACUCCAAGACGUGGAGGCCACCAGGGUAGCUACAAGCCAUACUGAUCACACGUAGUGCAGGUCUAAAGUAAAUAAGAUCCAUGGUCUGACCAGCGAACAUGGGCUUUGGCUUUUCCUUUGGAGUUGGCAGAAAUUUGGACUCAUGCUCCAUUUGUACAGAUCAAGUGAGGAAACUGGGGAAGCAAAUGUCACUUUUCCACUUUUUUUUUUAUUAUUUUAUUUUUUAUUUUGUCCAUUUACAUUUCCAGUGAUGGAAGUGUUAUUUUUACUGUACUUUUUGGUACCCUUCUUGAAUCUAAUGUAUUGUAUGGUUGUAUUUUUACAUGUCGACUGGAUUUACAGACGAGCAGGAGCAAAGGGCUUUGAAAAGCUCUCAAAUAAAACAAUAUUGCUUUUUGUUUUCUGUUCUGUGUGUUUCUAGGUUUUUAGUUAUUUUUUUUUUUCCCAUGCUGAGUGUUGAAAGUGAGGGGCAUGGCUUCAGAUGUGGGCUGAGGUGAUUACAAAGGGAUUUACACUAAUCUAAGGGUUCUGUUCAGAAAAAAAAAGUGUCAAAGUGAACGCUAUGGGGGCUUGUAAGGAAGGACCAGCAUUUUAUUUUAUUAUUUUUUUUGUUUUUAAGGAAGCUUCUCCCCAACAUGUCUGCAAUUUCUUUCUUUUUCUUUUUUUCCAAGUGGCUUUAUUAGUGUCAUUCAACUUGAAACGCAAGCCUGUUAUAAUGUAAGAGGGUAACCCCUCUAUCACUGGAAACUCAUUCCUCUAGUGUCUUGGGCAAAUUGAUAGAAAUAAAAAUUUGGUUUAUAUUACAAAUGGACUUUUUGGUUAUUAUUUGUAAAGUUAAUUUUAAAUGUACUGUUAAUGUUAAAUGGCUUGCAUGUUUUGUCUGAAGUAAUGAAUGAUGCGGCGCAGGGUUUCUCUACCUGUUAAUACCCAACCUCACUUAAUGUGAACCUGGAACACUUGAGCGUUUUUAUUUCCCUGAGUUAAAGAUGAUUGGUAAGUGUUUACCUGGGCCUUCUGUGUGUUGUAUUUUGAAAGAAGUUGGAUAUUUUAAAGUAUGGCAGCAGAA